GACGGUGGUGGUGUGGAAGCUGACAGACUUCGUCAUCGCCUCCAACAAUAUCCCGGUGCGCGGAAAUCGCACACCAUGGUGGCCGUAGCGAUCUGCUGUAUCCUCGUUCUUUUGGCAGUUUUUAUCGUCAUCAUUAUUGUUGUCGGUCAAACGAUAGGUGAACAUCCCCAUUAAUUGUGCACGGAAUACAGUGAAAGUGGCUUAAGGACGCUGGUAACGCACUCCUUUUGGGCAAUUAUCGACGAAGGAUGAACCGACGACGCCCCCAAUGUAACUUGCUGGUCGAAACACGAAAAUGGACAAGAACUAGAAGUUCUUUAGUACAGUCUAAUAAACAUGCGAAAAGAACUAGAUCGUGCACCCCUUCGCUUGCUCACCCCUUGAGUCAACACCCUCAAUUACCGUCUUCACUUUCGGAGUCUUCCUUGGCAAGAAGAACUCAAUGACUAAAUAGUAGUAACAAAUCAAAUCAGUCAUCGCAUCGUUCAGACAUUCGCUCCCAUUUAAAAAAAAAUUAUUACUUUUAAUCAAUCGAGUACUUAUCAUUUUAUCAUCAACAGGAAUACAAUUAAUAAUAAUAAUAAUAAUAUAGCGUACACAUAUCACACGACUCAGAAGACAAUUACUGAAUUAAAUCCACAAAACAAAAGCGCACCCACAAUUAAUUUUAUAACAAUAUGCAGAACAAUAUAUAAUUAACAGGUCUGCAUGUCUGCUACUUAUCGCGAUUAUCUUCAACAUCACAUUAGUUCCUGACUCAAAUUGCUUUUAUCGAUUACAGACAGCAAAUUAACAUGUCGAAAUUGAUUUGCCCUUAAUCUAAUUAUCGGCAAAAUCCAUUCUGUCCAUUUAGUAUUAUAAUCCACGAUGACGAAGAAGAUUAUUACAAAAUUAACGGAAAAACAUUACAUAAACUCCUAUUAACAAAAAAGGAAGACUUAAUAAAAAAAUGCAGGGUACAUUAUGCGAUAUAUAAUGUACUUAACUAAUUUUUACAACCCCUUUACAGCAACGGAAUUGAAAUUCAACUACUUAAGAACCUGAAUCUUUACGACAACUUAUUGUUACAUUAAUUUUCUACAACCAUAGGAACAUAAUGUUCCUCUAUUUAACUUCUCAGUGUGUUGAAUAUUCAAAAUUGUUCCAUAAAAAAUAGUCCAACUUGAAAUGAUACCAAUUUAGUAUGUGUGUUAUAUGUAUCUAUACGAUUUUGAUUGGCACAAAGUAUUAUUUAAUAUAUAGAUAAAUAUAUAUAUAUAGAUAUAUAUAGAUAAAGGUCAAAAUUGACGUGACAAGAAUGGCUAAUAAAUAAUUUUUGUGGCAAAUUACUUCCCUAAAUGCCAUGUAGCGUGCUUCUGUUUCUUAAGCUUUUAUGUCAAAGUUUCAUAUUCAUUCUAAACCAAAAAAAGCACAGUCUUGUUCAUGGAAAAUGGACAGAGAUGUAGACAACCCAGAACCAUAUUACACCAUGUAUGUAGUUACAAAGUUGGAUAGAAGAUAAUAAACAACUUACAGGGAAAAGUAUUAUAUUAGUUCCUAAACUGACGGUUGCUACCACCCCAUCCAAAAUCAAUGAACAGUAUGGUACUGUAUACCUCAAUUAUUUAUUUAUUAUUUAAUCAAUAGUAAUGGAAACCACAACAAUUGUACCUAACAUACAAAAGCCUCAAACGUUACAGGUAAUUAUUAAUAUUUGCAGAUUAAAAAAAGACAAUAAAAUAUAAUAAACAACAGUAUUAAAACUAUACUUUCUACUUAUGUACGCAUAAUAAAAUGUAAAUUUAUAUUAUACGUUAUUAACAUGAAAAUAUAAACAGUCAAUAAUUUAUAUUUUAUAAAUGAAGGUCAAGUUUUAAAUGGAGCUGUAAUAUUUUACCAUUACCAAAGUAUUUAUUUUAAAACCAUGUUAAAGAUUUAUAAUGAUCUACUUACUUACUAUGUAAGAACGAAACGUUCCUAUUAUAAAAAAAAAUGGUUGCAUUGUAUAAUGUACAAAAUAUAAAACAGAACAGUAUCAAGGUACACACAGUACUGCAUAAUGUUUGUAUACUUACACAUUUUCCGAACAUACAUUAAAGGAAAAUCGCGUUAACAAUAUAAAACUACAAUAAAGAUGCUGCCUGAUGUUAUAUCUGUUUGUCAAAACAGACGGAUAAGCUUGUUGAUCUCUGUUGAUUCAAUUGUAAUUGUUUAACUAAUAACUAACCGUCUCAAGAAAAGUACAAUUGGCUUUCUGAAGUUUUUAUCGAUAAGAAAAAUAUACCAUCAAUUCAUUGGCUUUUGAUUGAUUUUGAUUCACGUAAGACAUUUUCGAGAAGCAAAAUAAACCUAGCCCAACCGAACCUGACUGCUUCCAGAGAAACAUUGUCGUAAAACUGCUAGAUAAAUGUUUGUCUAACGUUUUGUCAUUCCUGCGCUCAUCAUCUAGAAAUAUUAGUUACCAUUUAAACGUAUUUUAUUUAUAUCAAAAAUAUGUCGAAAGACUUAUCGUUAGAUAGAAAUUAGGUGAUCAUUAUAUUGUAGAUGAAUAUUUUCAUCUGAUACUAUACUUAUUAUAUUUAUAGUGAAAUAGACUGUACUUAUUUACAAGAAAAUGUGGAUAAUAUAAUUGUUAGAAUAAUGACAAUAGUUUGUUGUUAAAGCACAUAAUAAGUGAUUGUAUUACCUAUAUUGUUUAUCUUGGCGGAAUUAAUUGAGGCCUAACAACAUUUGAAACUCUUUAUUUAUAUUCAUUUUCAUUAAUUUUUCAUUUUCCAUUAUUGACAGUGAUAGAAAUAGGCAUGAGGGGAGAGGGUCAGCCACUUAAAGUAAUUAUUUCCUUAACUAAUUUAAGAUUUCCGAUAUUGAUCGUAUUAUUUUCGAUAAUAAUGAUUUUUUUCAGUUCUAACGAACUUAGCAUGAGCCUGGUGUUCUUUAAAUCUAACUUGUAUAGAGCAUUUAGUUUGUCCAAUAUAUUUUUUACUGUAAUCUUUACAAUCAAUUUCGUACAUGUCCGGCUUUUCUAAAAGGAAUUCUAUCCUUAGGGUUACCAAGAGGAGUUUAAAGUAAGUUCAAAUUUUAACCAAAAGCAAUUUGGAAACCGUAUUUACGAAAAAUACCAUCAAAUUCUCGAAUAUUUGUAUGACAUAGUAAUAAACUUGGUUUUCAUGGUAUCUUUUUGCAAAGUUGAAGAUCUUGAAAUGAGAUGGUUAAUUUUUAUCUUGUUGACUGUUUUAUCAGUAAUAGUACCUACAAUUCUAGUCAUAGCCAAAAGCGGUCACUGAAGAAGAACAUUGUUACCGAAAAUGGCAUUUAAUUUGGUGUUUAACAACCUCAAAUAAUUCCGCAACAUAAAAUAUUAUAAAUAUGUUGUAAAAGUAGGACUGAUACUGCUACUAUUAACUAACAUACAAGAGUGUUAUAUUGAAAAAAAUCCAGGACUUAAGUUCAUAACUAAUGCAGGUAUUGUGUAUAUAUGUCGCAGGGUAGCAAUAGAAUUCGUUUUUUCUAUUAAAUACUAUCAAUAAGUUCCGAAAACAAGACAUUCAUGAAGAUAAAUAAGACAAACGCCAGAAGCAAUUUUAUAGUAUUUAUUAAAAAGUUUUAGUAACAAUUUUGGUAGAGGCGCCGGAACAACUUAAAACAAAGACUAUAAUAGAGCUAUAAUUCCGGUUUCAUUAAAGAACUUUCAUCCCUAAAUUGUAUUUUAUUAUAUUAUUGUAUGUAAAUACAGUUGGGGAUGCUAAUUUAUAUUCUUUUUUUACAAAUAAGCUACGAUUUGUAAUAUAAUAUGUAGACAACCCAAUAUACAGCAAAUAUAUAACCCUAGUAAUGUAACUACACCGAAAAUCAGAAAACUUCUUAGUAAUAUUUUUGAAAAUAUCUUACCAUUACUCAUAUUUAUAACAUUACAGAACUGUACAACCCCUAAAAGGAUAUAUAUUGCAGGUGAAUCUAGAUUUAUAAUAAAUACUUAAAAUUAACCACGUGAAUUUAAUAGAAUAUGUAUAGAGUUCAUUAUUUGUUGACGCAAGUUUUAUUACAUAUUACCCUGCGACAUCUAUCUACAUUUAAAAUUUAUAUUUACAAAUGUUGAUUUUGUGUUUUGAUAGUAUAUGUAUUAUCGUACGUAAGUACUUGUAUGAGUUGUUCAUGAGUCUAUUUUGUAUUCGAUGUACCGUAAUAAGUAAUACGCAUUUCAUAUAGACUGAAUUUUGUUACUUACUCGAUAAACCACUGUAACAUGCUGUCCAAGAGUAAUAAAGUUUUUAAACGACUGAGAAAUUUGUGUUUCUGUAAUUUCAUACAACGCUUCUAGAUCCUGGAGGCGCCGAUACGGGGUAAUUUAUUUGUUUUUUUGUCGUCCAGGUGUUUAAGGAAUUACUGAAAGGUCAGAUACCACAA